GGAGCUGGAUUGAUAGAAUGUUAUUUCUGAGAGACUAAAGAAACUGAAUAUAUUUUUGUAGUUUUGUCACCUAAUUAUCGUUAGGUAAUAUCCAGGAUCUUUUUAACUGAUGCUUCAUUUCAUUUGUGUUGACUUUGAGGAUAUUGACUAAAGGACAAUUUAAGGAAGUUAAAAGGAACAGGGACAUUUAAGACUUCUUAUCCAACAACGGUGGAAUUGAAAAUACGUGGAGAGAUGGAGCCCUCUCCCUCUAUGAACUUGACAAUGCAGAAUGAGGAGGAGGAUCAACGUCCCCUCCUUCCAUCAAAAGUGGUCCCUCUCCCACCUGCUUUUGGCAACCAGUGCGGAAGGAACCACUCAUGUCAAAGAGGGGGAGAUCACUCAGUGUUGCUCGAUGGAACCCAGUCAUCACCCGCCCUCUCAUAUUACAACGGCUGCCAAUAUGUCUCACCCUCAUCCCACUCAUCACCCCGAAGGGGAGACAAUAAGGAAAAGGUUAGGGGGAAGGAGGUGCACAAGGAAAAGAGAGGCAAGAAGACAGCAGAGAAUAAACAGAAUGCUGGGCACAAGGAUUGGAUUUGGGGUAGUAAAACAAAAAGGUCAAGCCCACAGAGGCGCCAGCAGGACAUUAAAUCCACUCAGUCACCCUACAACAGAGUCUGUAUGUCUCAUAUGGAUUUAAGGGAUACAGAAAGUGGGCCACCCAGUAAAGGAGGUCGAAGGCUAGAGGCCACAUCAAUGGAGAUGCAGGUCCGCCAGAGUCUACCCGAGAUUAUCAUUACAACCAAAGACGACUACCAGCCACAGGCCCCCAAUCAAACAUCCAGCUCGGACAAGAAUCACACCAAGUCUGAGGCCAAGGGCACCUAUGGUGGAGGUGAGGAGAGCAGUGGUGCAGAGCACAAGGAUGGUCCCCAUGACUGCCCUCACAAGAAGACCCAGAGCAUCGGUCGUAGGCUGGUCCGCCGAAGGGCGCUGUUUGAGAGGAGGCAGAGGCUGAAUGACUGUGCGCUCGCUGUGGGCAUGUUUGGAGUGGUGGUCAUGGUCACCGAGACAGAGCUCUCCUGGAGCAUCUACAGUAAGAGCUCCAUAUACUCCAUGGCUAUGAAGUCUGUUAUCAGCCUAUCCUCUCUUACCCUGCUGGGCCUGAUCAUUGUCUACCACAUCUGUGAGGUGCAGCUCUACAUCCACGAUAACGGAGCAGAGGACUGGCGAAUCGCCAUGACAAUGGAGCGGGUGACCCUGAUCGCCCUGGAGCUGUUUGUAGCGGCGGUGCACCCGUUCCCAGUGGGUCUCCCAUUGUCAUGGAAAGCCAUGUCCCCCACGCUGUCAGAGUCGGAGCUCGAGAUCGUGCUGGCUCUGCCCAUGUUCCUGCGACUCUACCUCCUGGGUCGUGCCUUGAUGCUGCACAGCCGACUCUACACAGACACCGCCUCUCGCAGCAUUGGCGCCCUCAACAAGAUCCACUUCAACAGCCGUUUUGUGGUCAAAACCCUGAUGACCAUCUACCCUGGCACUGUGUUGAUGAUCUUCAGCGUCUCUCUGUGGCUAGUCGCUGCAUGGGGCCUACAUGUCUGUGAGAGACACCACAACUAUAAGGACCUGAGCAGUAACUACAUGGAGGCCCUGUGGAUGGUCUCAGUCACCUUCUUGUCCAUUGGUUACGGGGAUGUUGUUCCCCACACCUACUGUGGCCGCAGCAUCUGUCUACUCACUGGCAUCAUGGGGGCUGGUUGCACAGUGCUGGUGGUUGCCGUGGUUGCCAGGAAACUGGAGCUGACCAGGGCAGAGAAACACGUCCACAACUUCAUGAUGGACUCCCACUUUACAAAAGGGAUAAAAAUUGCUGCAGCAAAUGUACUAAGAGAGACUUGGAUGAUCUACAAACACACCAAACUGACUAGGGAGAGAGACCACUGCAGAGUACGCAUGCACCAGAGGAAGCUGCUGCUUGCAAUCCACCGGCUGCGUGAUGUGAAGAUGGAGAGGAGGAAGUUGGCUGACCAGGCCAACUCGCUGGUGGAUCUCUGCAAGAUGCAGAAUCUGAUGUAUGACGUGCUGUCAGAGGUGAGUGGAUGCCGAGGGGACCUGGAAACACACAUAAACAGUCUGCAGCAGAAUGUGGAGGAGCUGAGAGAAGGCUUUAGGACCCUGAUGCCCCUCCUCUCUAGCACCCUCGCCACACAAAACUCUUCCAUCCGCCACCUGCUCAGGGAGAGGGAGGAGCAGGCAGUGACACGGAGCAUGGGAGGGCAGGAUAGGUAAGAUAGCAAGACAGAUGGGAGGAGGUAUGCGAUGUGUGUUGUUACAGGGAGAGGUAGAAAGAAAUUGAUGGGGAAAAGUUGGGAUCAGGAUAAAGAUAGGAUUUAGAUGAUCUUCAAAAGAUACUUUAUAGGAAUAACUAUUCAAAGUGUACGUAAAGAAUGUGUCAAAGCAAUAAGGGAUGGAUUUGAUCAAAUAAAACUAGAAUUACAAUGAGCCAACACCCAGACUAUAUGCAGUACUGAUAAGUGACCCAUACUGGCCCAAAAACCUUGGUGAUACUAGUCUUGAUUAUAACAUUCUCUGAAUCACAAUUGAACAAAAAAGUAUUGUUAGCCAGCAUGUGCACUGAAUGUUGUAAAUUUCCCUGCGUUUCAUAACUAAUGUAUUUUGUCAUUUCACACUGCUAGGUAGAUUGGCAUGGUAGUAUUUGGUGGAGUCCAGUAAUAUCCAAAUAUCUGGUUUUUAUUGAAUUGUAUGAUUUACAGUAACCAUUAAUAAAUUAAGUUACAUUCUUGUCAUGUGUCAAAUAGUUAAUUGCAUAUGAUGACAUUGUUCCUUUAUGUAUUUUCAUGAAAAAACGAGCGCUCACUUUCUUGUAACAGGCUAUGAAAACAGAUGCCAGUGGUCGAGUUCCUGCCCAACUAGAUGCACAGGUGUUGCGUGCCACGUCAUCCACUGUGCAGUCGGGCAUCAGAUUGCUAUAUCAUGUGUUCAGCCGAUAUCUUAAACACCGAUCCCGGCGUUGUAAGGUCUGGCAUACAUCUGCAAUGAAUUCAGGCAGGAAUUUGACCAGUAACUUUACAGUAGAACAGCCUUUCAAUGGCAUCAUAGGCAAAUAUGGAAAAGGGAACAAAAGUACAAACCACCCCAAUUCUUUAGCCAAAACCAUCUUUUAUUAAGAGACUGGGUUGGAGGGUUCAGUUACAGCAACAAAUAGGACUAUCACAUAGAAUGAGUAAUCCAAUCUGGUGUCCAGACGUCGUGAGCACUUCU